AUGAUCCUGUCUAAUUCCACGGCCGUGCUGCCCUUUCUGAGCUCGCUGUGGCAGGAGACAGCUGGACAGGACAGCGACACGUCGGGCCUGGCUCGCAGGUCUCAGCUCCGAGAUGACAGCAAGCUGGAAGCGCUCUACAUCCUCAUGGUGCUGGGCUUCUUCGGCUUCUUCACCCUGGGCAUCAUGCUGAGCUACAUCCGAUCCAAGAAACUGGAGCACUCGCACGACCCAUUCAACGUGUACAUUGAGUCCGAUGCCUGGCAGGAGAAAGACAAGGCAUUCUUCCAGGCCCGUGUCCUGGAGAGCUGCAGAGCUUGCUAUGUCAUUGAAAACCAGGCGGCUGUGGAACAGCCUGCCACACACCUUCCUGAACCCCACAGCUAG